GACCCUUCUCCCAGCAGGCUUGGAGUCCUUAGGUCAAGGGCACCCAUGUGUCCUGUGUCCCGUCCCCAGGAAUCCCAGCCUAGCGGGGAAGGGGAAGUGGGCUUAUAAGGGCCUGGAAGAGUCCAGACAAAGCCCGCCCUGCUAGGAAGAAAGCCCAGCCCCCAGGCUUGGAAGUCUCCCCAGUACCCCCUCCCCCCAGCACCCCUGCCUGCCUGAUCACCUUUAACCUCCACCCAGUUGUUAUUUAACUGACUAACCCAGCGGCGCUCGGAAGCCUGCCAGAGAGGCUUGGAGGUCUGUGGGCACAUCCCAGGAUGAGAGCAGGAACCUAUCAGGAGGCUGUGCGCACACUCAACACCCUGCAGACCAAUGCUGGCUACCUAGAGCAGGCGAAGCGCCAGCGGGGUGACCCCCAGACACAGCUGGAAGCCAUGGAGCAGUAUUUGGCACGGAGUGGGCUGCAGGUGGAAGAUUUGGACCAGCUGAACAUCAUCCACGUCACUGGGACCAAGGGGAAGGGCUCCACCUGUGCCUUCACUGAACGGAUCCUCCGAAGCUAUGGCCUGAAGACAGGAUUCUUUAGCUCUCCCCACCUGGUGCAGGUGCGUGAGCGAAUCCGCAUCAACGGGCAGCCCAUCAGCCCCGAGCUCUUCACCAAGCACUUCUGGCACCUCUACCAACGACUGGAGGAGACCAAGGGUGACAGCAGCUGUGUCUCCAUGCCUGCCUACUUCCGCUUCCUCACGCUCAUGGCCUUCCAUGUCUUCCUCCAAGAGAAGGUGGACCUGGCAGUGGUGGAGGUGGGUAUAGGCGGUGCCUAUGACUGCACCAACAUCGUCAGGAGGCCUGUGGUGUGCGGGGUCUCCUCUCUCGGCAUUGACCACACCAGCCUUCUGGGGGACACGAUAGAGAAGAUCGCGUGGCAGAAAGGGGGCAUCUUCAAGCCUGGCGUCCCCGCCUUCACCGUGCUCCAGCCUGACAGUCCCCUGGCCGUGCUGAGGGACCGAGCCCAGCAGGUCUCGUGUCCUCUCUACCUGUGCCCACCGUUGGAAGCCCUGGAGGAAGGGGGGUUGCCCCUGACCCUGGGCCUGGAGGGAGAGCACCAGCGGUCCAAUGCUGCCUUGGCCUUGCAGUUGGCUCGCUGUUGGCUGAAGCUGCGGAACCACCAGGGCAUUGGGGAGCUGAAGGCAUCAUUCAGGCAGAGCCACGCAGGGCAACUGCCCCUGGCACCUGUGUUCCAGCCCACGUCCCACAUGCAGCACGGGCUUCGGGACACGGAUUGGCCUGGCCGGACGCAGGUGCUGCGGCGCGGGCCGCUCACCUGGUACCUGGACGGCGCGCACACCUCCAGCAGCGUGCAGGCCUGUGUGCGCUGGUUCCGCCAGGCGCUGCAAGGCCUGCGGCCGAGCGGCGGACCUGAGGUGCGUGUCUUGCUCUUCAACUCCACCGGGGACCGGGAUUCCGCCGCCCUGCUGAAGCUGCUGCAGCCCUGCCAGUUUGACUUUGCUGUUUUCUGCCCUAACCUGACAGAGGUGUCCUUGGCUGGCAAUGCAGAUCAGCAGAACUUCACAGUGACGCUGGACCAAGUGCUGCUCCGCUGUCUGGAACACCAGCAGCACUGGAGCCGCCUGGAUGAGGAGCAGGCUGACCUGGAUCUCUGGAGCACCCCCAGUCCAGAGCUAGGGGGACCUGCGCCCCUGCGCCUGGCACCCCGCCCACCCCACCCCCAUAGCACCAACUCCCUCGUCUUCAGCUGCAUCUCCCAUGCCUUACAGUGGAUCAGCCAAGGCCGGGACCCCGUCUUUCAGCCACCUGGUCCCCCGAGGGGCCUCCUGUCCCACCCUGUGGCAGACAGUGGGGCCAGCGUGCUCCGGGAGGCGGCGGCCAUCCAGGUGCUGGUCACCGGGAGCCUGCACCUGGUGGGCGGUGUCCUGAAGCUGCUGGAGCCCUCCCUGUCCCAGUAGCCAUGGGGCUGGAGGCAGGAGCCUCCCACACCUGCGCUGCGUUCUCUCCAUGAACUGCUGUAUUAGGUGCCUUUUGUUUUCUGAUUUCCUGGUUCUGUCUGGACUGGCCCAGGGUCCCGGGCUCUGGACAGAAGAGUAGCGGCCGGGGGUGGGAGGCUGGGAUGGGAAAUCCUCUGUCUCUCAGCUAGGAUGCCCUUGGCCUCUCCUUCCUCCCCGCUGAGACAGGCAGGGGCUUCCAGUCCUGUGGCGGCUGCUGCAGGAGCCCUGCCCGCCAGCCUCUGUCCCCUCCGGCCCCACCUGCUUCCUGGCCCAGACCCAGCUUAUUGUGUGGGCCGCCUGGCCGGGCGGGGGUCCUGCCGGUGCUGGUUGACAGAUUUCCUCCUCGCGGUGGCCUUCUGCGAACAGAGAGGGCCCUUGCUUGGGGCCCCGUGGGGACAGAAGGUGACUGGAGCAAAUUAAAGCCUUUAACAUUUUUUAUAAAGAAGGGUGGACUCUUGACCUCUACCUCCCUCCGCGGACAAUAGGGGAGCGGGGGCUGCAGCUGGUCCAGGAACUGGAUUGUGUAGGAACCUGGGCUGUGAGGCUCCUGCUGAGCCUCAGCUGGCCUGUCUGUGAAAUGGGAGGCUGGAGGAUGUGCGUGACCACAGCCCAGGCGCCACCCUGCAGACCCACAGGGACCUUGUAUGGAGGAGUCUCGUGCCCAUUUUGCAGAGGAACUGGCUGAGCUUAACGAAGCCGCGAGCUGCACAGUCACAGCCAGUCAGUGGCAGGUCCAGGGUUUGAACCCAUGGCUGUCCCCUGCCCCCCAGCUUGAGGUGCCCUCACCUUCUCCCAGCCCAGCACUAGUUUCAUGGUCUGAUUUAUUGGUGGUGAGUAUAUAGGGGUGGGCCCAGCACUGGCACCUGGCCACUCCCCACCUGCUGCCCCAUGGGCUGGGAGGGGGGUGGCCUCCAGAUCACCCAGGCUUCUGUUUCCCCCCCAGAGUUGUGCCAGUCCAGGUGUGGGUGCCGAGGGGGACCAGAUCCCAGUGCCCUGGGCCGAUCCACUGGCCCGGGCAGGAGGCGCUGAUGGCCUGGCUGGCGGUGCAGAGUCUGUUUGGAGUUCUCGCCUCCUGCCCAGCCCAGGUCACUCAGUGCUGGGUCCGGGUUUAAAAAAUGGCAGGGACUUGGGUUUCUACAACAAAGUGGACAUACGGGGCAGUGGUCUGUCUCUCCAUGAUCCUGGGCAGCUGCACUCCAGGCCCA